GACUGCCUAUUCCCGGCUUUAAACAUAAUUACACGGACGCAGAGGGCAUGUACUGCCGCUCAUGUUACCUUUGGUAGAUAGACUACAGCUGGGCGGUCCUUUGACGACAUGAGCUACAAAGUCACUAGAGAACAAAGUUUGAAAUGAGUCCCUGCAAAACAAACCUGUACAACACAAACUGAGCGCGCGAUCAAUAAUGGAUUCAGCCAAGCGGGAUGAACACAUGAGCGAGCACGCCGCCAACCUACUGGGGACAGGACAACGGUCAAAACGGACACAAAACGCCACAAAAACAAAGUCAAGAUAUGUGAAAAUCCUCUUUGCGAUCCUUCUGCUCGCCUUGCUGGCUUUAAUUCUCACAGUCAUAUUUAUACUGAAACUUCGCUGCAGUGAUAAAGUUACUGAUAGCUGUAAAAAUCGCUGCAUAUCCAAGAAGCGUGAUGCUAAUGCAGCUUGCUACUGUGAUGCUGCAUGUGUAAAUGAAGGCAGCUGCUGUCAGGACUACAAGGAAGUGUGUGUGGAACCAAGUCAACGCUGGACGUGUUCUAAAUUCCGCUGCGGUGAGGAGCGCUUGGUGGACAGCUUCUGCUCCUGUUCUGCCGACUGUGUGAAAGUGGGUGACUGCUGCUUUGACUACAAGAGCACAUGUGAAGGUGCAAAAACUUGGCUUGAAGAGGACUGUGAGGACAUCAGGACUCCUCAGUGUCCUGCUGGGUUUUCUAAACCGCCUCUGCUGCUGGUGUCUCUGGAUGGAUUCAGGGCAGGAUACAUGACAGCGUACAGCAGCCUGCUUCCUGUCAUCAGCAAACUCAGGAAAUGUGGAACCUCCACGCCAUAUAUGCGACCUGCUUAUCCCACCAAGACCUUCCCAAAUCAUUACACCAUAGUGACAGGUCUAUAUCCAGAAUCACAUGGAAUUGUGGACAAUAAGAUGUAUGAUGUCACUCGCAAUGCCUCUUUCAGUUUGAAAGCUGCUGAGAAAUUCAACCCCUCAUGGUACCUGGGUGAACCAGUUUGGCUCACAGCCAUGAGAAACAAACUAAAAACGGCAACAUGCUUCUGGCCUGGAUCUGAUGUGAAGGUCAAUGGACAAUACCCAAAUUUCUGGAUGAAGUAUAACAGGGACAUUCCUUUUGAAAAGAGGAUGGCAAAAUUAUUUGAAUGGUUGCAUUUACCUGAAGGAAACAGGCCAGACUUUUACACCUUAUACUUUGAAGAGCCUGAUUCUUCUGGUCAUAAAUAUGGACCAAUGAGUAGCCAGGUGAUUGAGGCUUUACUGAAUGUUGACAGACUUAUUGGGUUGUUGAUGAACGGUCUCAAGGAAAGACAAUUGCACAAAUGUGUCAACCUGGUUCUGGUCUCUGACCACGGGAUGGAAGAAGCGUCAUGUAAGAAAGCUGCGUAUGUCUCCGAUUAUCUGGAUAACAUUGAUGACAUCACUGUCAUCCAGGGCCCUGCAGCGAGAAUCCGACCAAAACGUGUGCCUGAUGAGUUCUUCUCCUUUGAUUAUGAAGGUCUGGUGAAGAACCUUUCGUGCAGAGAUCCUGAUCAGCCAAUGAGACCGUAUCUGAAAGAGCACCUCCCCAAACGGCUUCACUUUGCAAAUAGCAUCCGUAUAGAGAGAGCACAUCUCUACAUGCAGCCGCAGUGGCAAGCUGCACUCAAACCGAGUGAAAUUAAAUACUGCACUGGUGGCUUCCAUGGUUCAGAUAAUGUCUUCAAGAGUAUGCAGGCCAUUUUUAUCGGGUAUGGACCAGGAAUCCAUUAUAAGACGACUGUGGCUCCCUUCGAGAACAUUGAAGUCUACAACCUCCUUUGUGAUUUGCUGGGUGUUCCUCCUGCUCCCAAUAAUGGCACCCAUGGCAGUUUAAACCAUCUGCUGAAGAACCCACCCCAUCAGCCGGUGUACCCCGCAGAACGCUCGGCUCCAUCCAAAUGUGAUAGCGUGACCCUACGUGACCCCCGGGACUGCACUUGUGACUCCCUUACUGAGGUUGAGGUGAACCAACUGAACCAGCGUCUCAUCAACUCAAGUUCGAACGGCAACAUCAAGCCUCUUCAUCUGCCUUACGGAAUCCCGCGUGUCCUUCAGGAGCAGUCUGAUUACUGUGUACUCCUGCAAAGUGCGUACAUCAGCGGAUACAGCAGAAACAUCCUGAUGCCCCUCUGGGUUUCAUACUCUUUGAAUGCAAUGGUUAGCAUCCAUUCCCCAGCAGACACAUGUGUGCGUGCUGAUGUGCGUGUGCAGGCCAGUUCGAGACAGUCCUGCUCAUUAUAUAAGAACAAUUCAACUCUGACCUUUGGCCUUCUGCAUCCACCCAACUUCAGCCCUACAGGAACUGAGCCAGACUCCUUAAUUACAAGCAACAUGGUGCCCAUGUUUCCAGCUUUCAAAGAUAUUUGGAAUCACUUCCACAAUGUUCUGCUGGUGAAGUAUUCACAAGAGCUGAAUGGUGUAAACGUUGUGAGUGGACCAAUAUUCGAUAACGACUUUGAUGGGAAUUAUGACUUCAUGAACAAGGGAUCCCCGAAUGGGCCGCCCAUGCCUACACAUUUCUUUGUGAUUCUUACAAGUUGUAAGAACUCGUCCCUUCCUAUGCGACAGUGUGACGGCCCACUAGAUGCUGUGUCUUUCGUUCUUCCUCAUCGACCUGAUCGUCUGGAAACAUGUCAUAAUGGCACAGAUUACUCAUGGCUCCAGGACUGGGUUCAGCUUCACGUGGCGCGAAUCAGAGACAUCGAGCUUCUGACAGGCUUGAGCUUUUAUCAUGACCGGAUAUCUGUUGCUGAAACGUUACAACUCAAGACCACACUCAAAACAUUUUAGGAACCUCAUUCUGCUGCAUCUGCAGGCCACAUUCAGAAUGGAUUUUUUCAACAUUAAAAUGCAGCUGAGCUUUACCAGACUCUGAAACAAACACACAAGUUCAUCCAGAGAGUCUUUCAAUUCCCAAAAUGGAAAAAUAAAAUGAUCUCUGCUUUAAUGAAAUCUUUAUUCUCAGAGGCGAUCUAUUUAUAUAACUGGAGAAGAGCUGACUGUACUAGAAACUGCCCAGCAAUCUUAGAGUAACUAAAAUUCUGUUUUUCAAAAAAAAAAAAAAAAAGGUUUUUCAGCACACAUAUGUUAGUGAUUUGUGGUUAGACUUGAUCCUGCAUUCAGCCAGUUCAAAAAAGAAAAAGUACCUAAAAAAAAAAGAAACCAUAUCAAAAGGUUUGGAAAGCCACAUUUUCCACAUGAAUCACUCUCAAAGUGUCACUUGCUUUACAUUGUUUUAUUAAAUUGUUCUGCAACAAAUGAAGCAAAUGCUCUUUCCAGCAGUUUGUAACAUGUCCAAGCCAAUUCAAGAUUUAUUUACUUUGUUUAUUAGUGGCUUUUACUCCCCCUUCAGGCCAGAAUGCAUAAUUACAUCAAAAAGAGAAGCAAAAUGUAUGUCACUGUGUAUUUUUUUUUUUUUUUUUUUUUUUUUUGAUGAUUCACUCUCUCAGGUCAGUUUUGAUAUUAAUAAAUCUGCAUCAACAUUCUUAUUACAUUUGUAUGGUACUUUUGUUAUUCAAGGUUUACGAUGUGUAAGCAGCGAUUAGCAUGUUACAUGUUGUCUCAUUUGGUGAAUAAUGAUUAAAUAUUUAAUAUUUGUGUGUAUUUUGAUUGUGCAGUUUAUGUUUCAAGCGUCACUGUCAAUAUUAUUCACUUCAGUAAGAUUUGUACUACAUUAUGGACAUAUUUAUUAUAAAAUUACCUACUACCAUUCAUAAGUUAGUUAUCAAUAAUUGUAUUCAGCAAAGGUGCAUUAAGUUUAUUAAAAGUGACAGUAAAGACAUUUAUAAUGUUACAAAAUAUUUCAAAUAAAUGCUGUUCUUUUGAACUUCUCUUAUGAAAAAGUAAUUUAUUCAAGUGUGCUAUUAGUAUACUUCUUUUAAACUAAAAAUUAAGUUUACUUUGUCAACUUUUAAUGUACUUCACAGAAAUAUACUUAAAAUUGCACUUAAGUAUACUUGACUUGUACUCACAGAAAAGUAUAAGUAUAUUUUGAGUAUACUUGUCUUUUGUUUUAUAAGUAUUAUAAGUAUACUUGGCUUGUAGUUGUAUUUAAUCAUUUGUUUGAGUAGCCUUUUACAGUUGUUUUUUUUUUUUUCAGCUGCUUACACAACAAAAUCUUUAUCACACAAUUUCUGAAAUCUGACACUCAAACACCAGAACCACAAACCAAAUUUGCAAAACCAUACACUAAUUCUGGGCCUUUGACUUAAAUUGAGUUUUCAAUUUCAUAAAACACUUUUUGCAAAACACAACACACAAUUCUCUAUGUAAUACACAACACUCUACCAGGAAGUUUCUUGAUUUCCUUUUUCAAACACAAACAUGGUUUCUGGUCAAUGUAUUUCUUUCAUACUUUGUAAUACUGUAUUCACAACCACAAAUGAAAAAAAAAAAAGUUUGGUUUCAAUCUUGCUUUCGCAUUUACUGUGAAUUUUUCAACAUCUCUCUGCGAGUUACUUUCGGUCUUGUACAGAAACGUACAUAGGAGCUCAUGAAAGAAGAGCUUUAUGUUUUGAAUAACUGGGUGUGUAUGAUAUAUCCCAAAAUAGAAUAUUAUGGCAAAGGUGUUUGCAACUUAAGACAGAAUGUUUGCUUUUUGUGUGUGCAGUUCUUGGAUUUGUAAAGUUUUGAAGAAAAGCAGUUGAAAAAAAAAAAUGAAUAAAAUACUUUUUUUCACAGUUUUA